AUGUCAACCGGCGUGGCUAUCAUCGGCAGCGGCCUCUUCGCGAAAGAACAACACUUGCCAGCCGUCCAAGCAGCGGAACAUUUCUCCCUGAAGGCCAUCUACUCUCGAUCUCUGAAAUCGGCCCAGGACCUCGCAAGUGGCGUAUCCGGCGUGGACCUCUACUCUGAGGAUUCAGGCGCGGAUAAGUCUUAUGAUGACCUUCUAGCUCGGUCUGAUAUCGGCGCUGUGAUUAUUGCUCUUCCAAUCCUAGUUCAACCAGCCUUCAUCCGCAAAGCCCUGCUUGCAGGGAAGCAUGUCUUAUCCGAGAAGCCCAUCGCGAAGGAUAUCGCCACGGCGCAGGAGCUUUUGCAGUGGUAUCGGACGAAUAUCGAUACGGCCAAGGUCUUCUGGGCUGUUGGUGAGAACUUCCGCUAUCUGACUAAGUUUAUCUUUGCGGCUGAGCAGGUGCGGGCUUUGGGGAAGGUUUUGAACUUUAGGGUUAAUGUUCAUAACCUUGUUACGGCCGAUAACAAGUACUACAAAACUGCCUGGCGUAAGACUCCUGGGUACCAGGGUGGAUUCCUCUUGGAUGGAGGCGUGCACAUGGUUGCUGGUCUACGUCUGAUCCUGGGAUCUGAUGUGCAUAUCAAAACUCUGUCAGCGCACUCGCAGUUGCAGCAGGCUCAUCUCCCUCCGGUUGACACCGUAGAUGCCGUUGUUAAGACUGACACUGGUGCUACGGGUGUUGUUUCCCUGUCUUGGGGAUCAACGUUUAGUGACCAAGUGUUUGAGUUCGCUUGUGAGAAGGGUGUUGUGACUUUGAAUUUUGAUGAUGUUACUGUCAAUGGUGUUCUGAACACUAUUGAGUUUGAUGGUAGAGGCGUCGCCCCUGAGGUGGCGGAGUUUGCGACUUCCAUCAUCAAUGGGAAGCCUGCCAGCCGACAGUCGCCCCAAGAGGCGUUGGCUGACCUUGAGCUUUUGGAGCAGAUGUUGCAGAGUGAACCUGAGAGAGAAGUUUUCGAGAUUGAACUCCGACACGACAACUCUCGAACGCCCGGCGAGACCCUGAAAUACCGACAAGGUGAGUUUUUGAUCGCCGAUUCUUUGUCGUCUCAGUCACUAAUUUCUUUCCAGAUGGUCGCCGCUAAGAAGCACAUUCCUAUCGUGAAGAAGCGCACCAACCGCUUCAACCGUCACCAGUCUGACCGGUUCAUGCGUGUCGGCGCUUCGUGGCGCAAGCCCCAGGGUAUUGAUAAUGCCCAGCGUCGUCGCUUCAAGGGCCAGCAGGCCAUGCCCUCCAUCGGUUACGGAUCCAACAAGAAGACCCGCCACAUGAUGCCCUCCGGCCACAAGGCUUUCCUCGUCCACAACACCAAGGACGUUGAGCUCCUCCUCAUGCACAACCGCACCUUCGCUGCCGAGAUCGGUCACGCCGUCUCUUCCCGCAAGCGUGUUGACAUUAUUGAGAAGGCCAAGGCUCUCGGUGUCAAGGUCACCAACGCCAAGGGCCGUGUCACCACCGAGGCUUAAAUGCAACCAAAAGUUCAUUUAUG